AUGCCCAGCAACGAAGAGAAUGUCGCACUCCAUGCAUCGAACCCCAACAUCAUUAGUACAAGUGCAUUACCAUCUCCAUCUAGAGCACGUCUGCUCGCAACUGCUGGUUUUGGCAAUGGUCCUACUGCCUCUAAUGAAGCACAUACCGGCCGACUGAAUGUGUUCCAUAGGGUUCAAGAAGCUUGUGAAGCUCGUAAUUCGCCUCUAUAUAUAGGGGCAAUCUCGUUGGUUAAUUUACCACAGAUUAUUGCUGCUGCUGUCAUUUUAGCGUCAUCAUGGCAAAAUGAGACGUUGUGCUUCCGGAUUCAAGUGUGGGUUUUACUUCACACGAUCCACUUAGCACUCACUUUGCUUCUCGCAUGGAUACUUUACUAUUUAGAUCUCGCACGCAGUAUCAAUGCGAUUCGUCUUCGAGAGCAGUACAUGACUAUCUUGAGUCGAGUCAAGUUCGGACUUGAUCUGGCUGGUACCUCUUCGUUCCUAGUGGGAAAUAAGUUGGUCUUCAGUGACAGUGCUCGUUGUAAUGACGGGUCUGCAAUGUACCAAUUGGCAUUAUGGAUGGUCAUCAUUUCCUAUGCCAAGCUUUUUCUGCCGUGUUUGCUGCUACUGGCGUUACUGCCGUUUCUCUACUUCUGUUUGCCUUGUGUCAUUCGUCUUCUCAGCAGACUGCAGGACCUCAUGAGAAGAGAAGUAUUAACCCAAGAGGUGGGAACUCUCAUCGACCAGUUAGAGACCAAGACGUACACGAGUAACAUGUUCCCGCCCGAAGAUGCAUGCUGCUGUAUUUGCCUGGAUACUUACAAAGCUUCACAUGAAUUCGACGUGCCCAACCUGCCGCAAAUCCAUGUUUGCGCAGGUUUAGGCGGUCUCAUGGCAACAAGCGAGGAAGACAUGCUGCAGCGUGUGUAA